AAAAAUUACACAAACGGGUUGUAAUUCACCUGAUUGAACAGCGAACAUCACGACCGCAAUUGUCUAUCUGACGUUGGAUUUAGUUGUGCGGUCUUUUAGAAAAACAAUGUUUUAAACAGCACAUGGCUGAAGAUCAGAAUCAGAUGCCACAGAGGAAGUGCGGUGACUAUAAGCGCAGCUGAGAAGAGUAAUACUGAAGUGUAAUGCUUGAAUGUGCUCGAUGUGUCUCUGAUACUGCGGGUGGAAAGUUGCGUGUCAAGGACCAGCGAAUGUAACGUUACAGCGAAGAAUAUGGUUUUGUUUUUAUAUCAGCCGUGAUUCAAUGCUUUUCCUCUUCCUGGUAAGAUUAGCGGAAGUAUAGUAACGGUGUUUUUUCUCUCUCUUCAUCUGCAGCGGCAGCCGGUUUUGUGACAGUCAGCGAUCCGCUUCCCGGUGUGUUUCACUAACACACAAACAAACAUUCUGAACAAAUUCUCAGCAGCGUUGGACUGAUUAUUAUUAUUUUUUUCAUUUUUUUUACGGAGCUGGUAAAUCAGUGAGAGACUGCUUUUUAAAGAUGACGGGUAAAUCAGUCAAAGAUAUUGACCGCUAUCAGGCUGUUCUCACAUCUCUUCUGGCGUUAGAGGAAAACAAGUUUUGCGCUGAUUGUCACGCCAAAGGUCCCAGAUGGGCAUCCUGGAAUCUUGGAAUCUUCAUUUGUAUCCGCUGUGCGGGAAUUCAUCGCAAUCUUGGCGUGCACAUAUCACGAGUUAAAUCCAUAAACCUGGACCAGUGGACUCAUGAGCAGAUACAGUCUGUUCAGGAGAUGGGGAAUGCCAAAGCUCGGCGACUAUAUGAGGCCUUUUUACCAGAGUGCUUCCAGCGCCCAGAGACAGACCAAGCUGCUGAGAUUUUUAUCCGUGACAAAUAUGAUAAGAAGAAAUAUAUGGAUAAAUGCAUUAACAUCCAGUCUUUCAGGAAAGAAAAGAGUGAGACAGUAACAAAAGAUGCCCCUGUUGUUUUUGAAAAGAUGAAGCUGAAAAAAGACGAGUCACAACAAUUCAAAAACAGUCCAAAACAGUCACAGUCUGUUAAUGACUUACUAGGACUAGAUGCCCCUGCUCCUCAAGCUCCAGUUUCCAAUGGCAAACCAAGCACUGAACUCAGUCCUGCCCUCGACCUCUUCAGCUCUCUGCCUGCCACCGUCAGCAGCUCCAACUCCUCCAGGAGCACGCCUAGCUCAGGGUCUAUGCCCACUGGACGGGUAGCAGCAUCAAUGCCCGAAAACCUCAGCCUUUUCCUGGAUCCCCCCUCCAAAAGUGAGGACAGUGGAAAAAAGCUGUCCAAGGACACAAUCUUGUCACUGUAUGGCAGUACCGCACCACAAACAAAUAUGGCUGCUCCUGCUGGCAUGUAUAUGGGAGCAACCCAGAUGGGCUAUGUACCUGCUGCAGGGUACGGCCAAUACCAGGCCCUGGGUGCCCAGCAGGGCAUGAUGGGGCCUAUGAUGGCACCACAGAUGAACAUACUGGGACAUACUGCUCCUCCGUACAUGGCAGGGGUGCAGGGGGGCGUAAUGGGAAUGCAGAAUGGGAUGAUGGGAAGCAUGGCAGCAGUUCCUCGGCAGGCGUAUGGAGCACAGCAGACCCAACAGCUGCAGUGGAACAUCAGCCAGUUUGUUUGUUCCCUGUGGAACAUGAGGCUGUGACGAUCUUCUUCCUUGAAAGCUUCAGUUUGGUUCUGUAUUGCCAAAAGCAAUUGGUAAAAUGAUUAUCUUUUUGCCUUUCUCUGAGGAAAAAAACAACAAAAUCAUCACACAGGUUUAGCAUAAGAUUAAACAAAAUGAAAGCGUCACCGUUAUUUUCUGUUAAUUGCCUGUAAUAACGGUUUCUUUUGUCUCUCUCACAGAU